ACCGCGCAAACGCGCAGGCGCCAAGAGCACCGCGCACCGCCAAGCCGAGGGUGGGGUCACGAACUCUGACCCCCCACCCCCAAAUACACAAACUCAGAAAGCUCCCCUUGUCCCCUUGGUCUCGGGUCCCCUCGCCUCUGCUCUCUCCAGCCCAGCGGCCGCCGCGGAGGGAGGGAUAUUUUGACAAUUAGAUCAUGGCGACCAUAGAAGAAAUUGCACAUCAAAUAAUUGACCAACAGAUGGGUGAGAUUGUUACAGAGCAACAGACUGGACAGAAAAUCCAGAUCGUGACAGCACUUGAUCACAGCACACAGGGCAAGCAGUUCAUCCUGGCAAACCAUGAAGGAUCUACCCCAGGGAAAGUCUUCCUCGCAACUCCGGACGCUGCAGGUGUCAACCAGUUGUUUUUCACCAGUCCUGAUCUGUCUGCACCACACCUCCAGCUCUUAACAGAAAAUUCUCCUGACCAGGGACCAAAUAAAGUUUUUGAUCUUUGUGUUGUGUGUGGAGACAAAGCAUCAGGACGUCAUUAUGGAGCAAUAACUUGUGAAGGCUGCAAAGGAUUUUUUAAAAGAAGCAUCCGAAAAAAUUUAGUGUAUUCGUGUCGAGGAUCCAAAGACUGUAUUAUUAAUAAGCACCACCGAAACCGCUGCCAAUACUGCAGGUUACAGCGGUGCAUUGCCUUUGGGAUGAAACAAGACUCCGUUCAGUGUGAAAGAAAACCCAUUGAAGUAUCCCGAGAAAAAUCUUCCAACUGUGCAGCUUCAACAGAAAAAAUCUACAUCCGCAAAGACCUCCGAAGUCCUCUCGCUGCAACGCCAACCUUUGUCACAGACAGCGAGACUGCCAGGUCAACUGGACUGUUGGAUUCAGGAAUGUUUGUGAAUAUUCAUCCAUCUGGAAUAAAAACAGAACCAGCUAUGUUAAUGACACCAGAUAAGGCUGACUCCUGUCAGGGAGACUUAAGCACACUGGCCAGUGUGGUCACGUCAUUAGCGAAUCUGGGCAAAGCUAAAGACCUUUCUCACUGUGGUGGCGACAUGCCUGUGGUGCAGAGCCUACGCAACGGUGAUACAUGCUUCGGUGCAUUUCAUCACGAUAUUCAGACCAAUGGUGAUGUUUCAAGGGCAUUUGACACUCUUGCCAAAGCACUGACUCCUGGAGAAAGCGCAGCCUGCCAGAGCUCAGGAGAGGGCAUAGAAGGAAGCAUGCAUCUAAUUGCCGGGGAGCCGAGCUGCGUGGAGAGAGAGGGGCCCCUGCUCAGCGAUUCGCAUGUCGCCUUCAGGCUCACCAUGCCUUCUCCUAUGCCCGAGUACCUGAAUGUGCACUACAUUGGGGAGUCGGCCUCCAGACUGCUGUUCUUAUCGAUGCACUGGGCACUUUCCAUACCUUCUUUCCAGGCACUAGGGCAAGAAAACAGCAUAUCCCUGGUAAAAGCGUACUGGAAUGAACUCUUCACCCUUGGUCUUGCCCAGUGCUGGCAAGUGAUGAACGUGGCAACUAUAUUAGCGACAUUUGUCAACUGUCUUCACAGUAGCCUUCAGCAAGAUAAAAUGUCCCCAGAGAGGAGGAGGUCGUUGAUGGAGCACAUCUUCAAGCUGCAGGAGUUCUGCAACAGCAUGGUGAAGCUCUGCAUCGACGGGCGUGAGUACGCCUACCUCAAGGCCAUCGUCCUCUUCAGCCCGGAUCACCCAGGCCUGGAGAACAUGGAGCUAAUUGAGAAAUUUCAGGAAAAGGCUUAUGUGGAAUUCCAAGAUUAUAUCACCAGGACAUAUCCAGAUGACACAUACAGGCUGUCGAGAUUACUUCUCAGACUGCCAGCCUUGCGGCUGAUGAACGCCACCAUCACUGAGGAAUUGUUCUUCAAAGGUCUCAUUGGCAACGUACGAAUCGACAGUGUCAUCCCACACAUUUUAAAAAUGGAGCCCGCAGAUUACAACUCUCAAAUAAUUGGUCACGGCCUUUGAAAGCUGAGGUCACCCUGCUAUGAACUACGUUUACUGUUCCUUCUCGGGACACAAGAAACCAAAUGGAACUGUUGCUUCCAGGGCGUCUGCGAAUAGUAUCUUUAAGAGUAACCAAAACUGAAACUAUUUUUCUUUUGGAUUCCUUAAGAAGAAUUUAAGUGACCAGGCAGGGAUCAGGAAUUAUACUACCCUGUCUGUCCUAUAGGAAUGAAUAAAAAAUGGUACUGGGCUGUUCUUGGUGAGGAUGACACCUAAGACUAUCUCCUCCUGACCAUCUACACUAAGCUUUCUCUUGCUAUUUUAUAAAACAAAUAAACUAGUCUUUUUUCCCCCUGAAUUGUGUUCUCUCCCUGUUUAAUUCCAUUGAGCUAGUACACUGUAAUAAUGAGAUAUCUAAGCAGAAACUUCUUAUAUCUUAUUUAUCCAUAAUCAUUUUAGUUACCGGGUCAAAAGUUAUUUUAUGCUCAGUUAUAUAAUGACAAUAUUUGAGCUAUAGGAAGUAAGAAAUGAAUAUAUAUAUAUAUAUAUAUAUAUAUAUAUAUAUAUAUUUGGCUUUUAUAAACAUCAAAGUGCCCUUUAGCAUAUAACACUCUCGUUGCUGGCAAUGGGACAUAAGCCAUUUGUAAUUUCUUUAUUUUUAGUGUAGUAGAUGAUUAGUUGUAAGCACUUUUAUUCAUUUUGGUAGAAAGUUAGUCUUGAGAAUAAGAUGGGGAUCCUGUUUUAAAAUUUGGGGUUUACUGUGUUUUAAACAUAGUACAGACUACCCCCAGGAUGUGUUAGCAUUUUAGACUGGAUAUUAAAAUGGUUGCUUUUUUCAUUCCACAGAAAGGAUCUAUCCUCUUCUCAGAUGGGGGUUCAGCGUCUCUACCCUACCCUGGCCUUCAGCCAUUUCUAUUGGGUCCUUUAAAAAGACUCACCAAGUUUGUUAAGUAAUGAAAUUAUCAAAGCCAAUAGGGUUCCAAGGUGAGUUAAAUAAUUCAGUUGCGAGUUUGCGAAGGCAAAAGAAUCUGCACUGAUUCUUUUCACUGCAAAGUCGAGGAGAGCCGCUAUAAUGACCUCAAGUUUCAUUAUUUGCUACAACCAAAGCAUUUUCAACUCCUCAGUCUUCCACUCCAGUAUGACAAGCAAUCAAUAGUUCUUUGUACUGAUUUUAUAAUGGAUUUCUUUAGUAAAUCUAUUCAUCUCUUUGUUGAUAUUCUCCCCCAUCUCUCCUCUUCCCUUUCUUCUCUCUCCCUCUCUCCCUCCCUCCCUCCUCUUAUCCACGUCUCUGUUUUGUUUUCUUGAGACAGGAUCUUGCUACCCAGCCCAGACUGAACUCAAGUUUGCAGUAAUCUUCCUGCCUCCAACUCCCCAUUGCUGGGAUUAUAGACAUGCACCACACGCUGAUAUUUAUUUUUAAAACACAGAGAUUUUAUUGCAGCUAGAGUACAUUCUGUAUUAUUAAUAAAGAGUUUUGCUGAAUUUUUCUAUGGGGAUGGAUUUUACUACUAAUUGUAACAAAAAGUUUAAAAGUGUAGUCUUGCAAAUGUUACCAACUUACUAUGAGGGCUUUAUUUCCUGUUUCAUUUUGUCAACAGCUCUAUUUAUAAUAAGCUGCUGGAGAAUACUAUAUUGAGCAUAAAAUGCUCAAACGAAAUAUUUCAGUAAGGCAUGUGUAACCUGCAUCCUAACACAUCUGUAGAUGACGGUGUCAUAUCACAGUAUCAAAAUGUUGGCCCCUUUGAUACUUUAUCAUCUCAAGAUAAUAAGCCAAGGAUUCACCAAAAAAAAAGUGUCCUAAUGGUUAUUUCUUUGAGAUAUUUUUCCUGAUGAAAUUUGUAGUUACAUUGGGAAGUCUUUUUGAAACUGUAUUAAAAUGUGACUUGCAUUACAAAGUUCUGAA